AUUAGUGAUAUUUCGCGAUAAUUUCUACAAAUCUCACGAUCUCCCUCAAUUGAGCUGACAAUCCAAUAUAUAUUGAUAAGCAGACGGCAAUGUGUAAUUUAACGCGAUUAUAUCGAUUUCUGGGGAUUGUGGGUUAGGGUAGCAGCCGUCAUCAACACGCGGGGCAGCGACACGGUACGAUUGCUUGAGUGGAGGCGGCCGCUUUCUCAAUGGACCCCCUCUCCCGCUCUCCAAAACCCUUAUUUUUUUAUUUCACUCUAUUUAUUUUAUUUUUCCCACCUCCCACCCUUUUAAUUCCUUAUUUCCCCAAUAUCCUCCCCUUCCUCCUUCCCUCGACCAUCAUCGAAAUUCAAUCCUCUCACUCGCCGCCCUCCAAUCUCCCAACAAAAACCUCGGCCAGGAGUCUGACUCGGAGCGCCAACGCCGGCCGAAGCCGGAUCUUUCCUUUUCCCCUCUCAACCCAGCGAAGAUCAUAGGCUACGGACUUCGCCCUCCACCUCCGCACCCGUCAUCCCUCCCCACUACUAUCCUGCCCGCCUCCAGAUCUCCGCACUCCGACUCGCUGUACCGCGCCUUGUGCCUGGCCUGCAGGGCCCUAUUACGUCCCUCGACCUGCUUGAUCGCGUCUCGUUCCACCCCACUACUCCCCUCUGUCCGACGACAGAACGACUGCCAUUCGGCCACUACUCCACCUGUGAAACCAAGAGUACAGCCUGCGAAAGGCCGUACUUAAGAGCGUCGACCCCGCCAUCAUGGCCUUAUCAAGGGUCUCUGCGUCUGGUGCUUGUAACCGCUUCACCACUUUAUCUCGAUCCUCCUCCUCUUCCUCCUCUACAACUUCGGCUUUGACUAGAUUCGGCUUGGAGACUGUGUUACUUGCCAAACAACCUAUCCUCCGCUCCUCACCCCUUACCUACCGCACAAUGUCCACCUCCCCGCGGCUGCGAAGCCUCAACAUCGACAACGUCAACCCCCACGUCCGCAAGGCCGAAUACGCCGUCCGCGGUGAGCUCGCCGUCAGGUCGGAAGAAUACCGCGCCCAACUCGCCAGCGGCAAAGGCAAAGACCUCCCCUUCGACAAUGUCAUCUCGGCCAACAUCGGCAACCCGCAACAGCUCGACCAGAAGCCCAUCACCUUCUUCCGCCAGGUGUUGAGUCUCCUCGAGUACCCCCCGCUACUGGAGAAGGAGGACGUCCUCCUGAACCAGCUCGGAUAUAAGAAAGAUGUCAUCGAGCGCGCAAAGUGGCUGCUCGAGCAAGUCGGCAGCGUUGGUGCGUACAGUGCAAGCACUGGCCCACAGGGGAUAAAAGAGAGCAUCGCCAAGUUCAUCGAGAAACGUGACGGCCACCCCGCAGACCCCUCCUCCAUCUACCUCAGCGCCGGCGCCUCCUCCGGCGUCAACACGCUCCUUCACGUCAUCUGCGCCGGCCCAAAGACCGGCGUCCUAGUCCCCAUCCCCCAAUACCCUCUCUACACCGCAACCCUCUCCCUCCUCGACGCCACCUGCGUCCCCUACUAUCUCGACGAAGCGAACGCCUGGUCCACCUCCGCCUCGAGCAUCACCUCCGCCCUCACGACCGCCAAGGAAGCCGGAACCGACGUCCGCGCCAUCGCCAUCAUCAACCCCGGUAACCCCACCGGCGCAUCACUGUCAUAUGAGGACGUCGAGUCCGUGAUCGACCUCGCCGCCUCCGAGCACCUCGUCAUCCUCGCCGACGAAGUCUACCAAACCAACGUCUUCAUCGGGAAGUUCCACAGCUUCAAAGCCGUGCUGAGGGAUAUGCAGAAGAAGACGCCCGGGAAAUACGACACCGUCGAGCUGGUCAGCUUGCACUCCGUGUCCAAGGGCAUCGUAGGCGAAUGCGGACACCGCGGUGGAUACUUCGAGCUCUGCGGCUUCGACCCAGAAGUCGUAGCGCAGAUCUACAAAUUCGUCAGCAUCUCCCUCUGCGCGCCCGUCAUCGGCCAAUGCCUCGUGGAGUUGAUGGUCAACCCCCCCAACGAGGGCGAACCAUCAUACGACCUCUACAAAUCCGAGCGCGACGGCAUCUUCGCCGGUCUGCAAUCCCGCGCCACAGCGCUGCACAAGGCGUUCCAGGCCAUGGAGGGCGUAGAGUGCGGUCCUCCACAGGGAUCGAUGUACCUCUUCCCCACCAUCACCUUAUCGCAGAAGGCGAUUGAGGCGGCGAAGAAGGAUGGGAAGACCCCGGAUGCGUUUUAUGCGAUGAAGAUGCUCGAGGCGACGGGGGUGUGUGUUGUGCCUGGUGCAGGCUUUGGGCAGAAGGAGGGGACGCUGCAUUUUAGGACCACGUUUUUGGCGCCGGGGACGGAGUGGGUGGAGGGGUUGGCGAAGUUUCAUGAGGGGUUUAUGGCGGAGUAUAGGUAGAUUGUGUGUAGUUGGAUAGGAAAAUUGAUAUAGGGGGUAGUGCGGUGGUGAUGUAGAAAGAUCGGGAUAGACUGGGUUGGGUGGAUAGACUUGGCACCGCAUCUCAAUCAUAAAUUCGUAUAAUUGCUUUCCGC